AUGUCACCGGUAGAAUGGCCUGGUCUAGGUUUGAGUGAGACAUGGUAUUCCUGGGCUGUUAGUGCUCAGAGUAUUGGUAUAUUUGUGGGUGCUCUACUCUUUAGUGUAUUUGCUCGCUCAUUCUAUUACAAAUACAUCAUUAUUGGGUCUCUUUUCGUUCUCAUGUCAAGUGGAGUUAUCUACGGUUUUGCUGUUCAAGGCUGGAUGGUGAUAACAGGUCGAUUUAUAUCCGGAAUCCAUACUGGAAUUACUCAAUCUUUAACUCGAACAUAUAUUGGCGAAUCCAGUGAUAAAGUUAUUCAAAUGAGAAAGGAGGCAUCCCUUAAAUCUGAUGAGCAGAGUAGCAGGAAAACAUCAUCACUUAAAUACACAAACUUUUUUAUUCUGUUCACAAUAGCUGUAAUAGGUUUGGCAUCUGGUCCUGUUUUGGGAGCUCUAGCCUCUCAGAUACCUUCUCUAGAUCCAUUCCGUUGGCCUGGCUACUAUCUCAUAAUACAUAGUGGACUACUCAAUAUAUUUGUGAUGCUGUUUUUCUGUGAGAAAUGGGACGAUGUGAACAGAAGGAAAAAGUUGUCUAACAUUGAUAGAAAUCGGCUCAAGUGUCAAAAACCUGAUCAACCAAUACAAAUCACAUUAAUAUUCAUAUUUGCUUUCGUGAUCAAUGGAUGGAUUUCAGCUAUCAUCGAGACACUCGAGAAUCCUGUAUUAUCUGGAAACUUUGGAUUAACUAUAAAGUAUCAAUCGUACAUCUUUAUUGCUACACUGGGAAUGCACCUAUUGAGUGUCAUUGCAAUCUGGGGACUUUAUCCCAAAGUUGUUCCUAGCUAUAUAAAAUUAUUUUCACUUGAGAGGUGCACAUUAUCUUCUGGUAUAAAAUUGAGCAUAGCAAGAAUACAAGAAUUAUGCUAG